GACUUUUGUUGCCCUUUGGAAAGUGUACAUCCGUGCGGCUUCAAACAAAAGUUACCCGUCCUCGAAAAAACAGUUUUCUUCUUGGCACGGCACAAAACAGAAAAUAAAAAGAUUGUCUGAAAAAAUAUCACCCAAACAGGAAAAGCCAAAUCCUUAAAAAAAGCGAAAAACAUUUUAAUUUUCGAUCCGCUAAUCACAGAAGAAAUCGAGAAAGCUUAGGUUUAGGGUUUCAAUUGAGAAAUUAACGCAGAAAUGCAACGAAAUUGUUGCCAUGUUUCAUUUGCUUUCAUUUUGAAAUCCCUAAAUUUCCUUCAAGCUUUCAUAGGAGUAUCGGUAAUAAUUUACUCAAUAUGGAUGCUCGACCGAUGGAAUCAUCAUGUCCCCGUUUAUCCUCCCGCUCCUUCAGCUCCUUCUCCGGAUUCUUCUUCUUCUCUUUAUAUUUUUUUGAAUUCAGAUGAUCAUCAUCAGGUCACCACUCCCUUCAAUAUCAUGGUUUCCGGGUUCGAUGACGGGUUAGGGUUUAAUUUGAAUUCAAUCCAGCUGCCAGCGCCUUGGUUCAUAUACUCUUUUAUGGGAGUGGGCAUUUUGUUGUGUUGCAUUACUUUGAUUGGUUGCAUUGCAGCUGAAGCCAUAAAUGGCUGCUGCCUUUGUUUGUAUGCUGUACUCAAAACCAUAUUCAUUCUACUAGAAGCAGCUUUUGUGGCCUUUAUUGCAAUUGAUCAUCAAUGGGAAAAGGAUCUUCCAUCUGACCCAACUGGAGAACUUGACAGCAUCCAUUCUUUCAUUGAAGACAAUAUUGGUAUAUGUAAAUGGGUUGGCAUUACAGUGGUCAUUAUUCAGGCACUUUCUCUACUACUAGCGUUAGUUCUUAGAGCCAUGGUUUCCACUCAAAGAACCAAUUUUGAUGAAGAGGAUGGUUAUGAAAAUGCAAGGGGUAGAACUUGGGAGCCACUCCUGAAUUCACAAUCAAGCCAAACAUUUGGUUCAACUAAUUCUGACUCCUGGAGUUCAAGGAUAAGAGAAAAGUAUGGAUUGAACAGUGGAGAUAAAUCCUCUUUGGUGAAUAACACAUCAGGAAGCAUGAAAUCCAAGUAAUGAAUCUUAGAAAGUUCUCCAUCUCGCAGCGCAUGGAAAAGCUGAAAGCCUUGCAAGCAAUGUAUUGGUUCUGGAGUAUAAAUCUGCCUCUAAUUCUUUGUUCUUUUUGUUUUCUAUUUCUUGAGAAGUUGUGAUGUAUAUAGGCUUUCAAUUUGUUGUUUGCUUUCAGUUGACUGAGUAUAAAUCUGCCUCUAAUUCUUUGCUUUUCUGCUUUUGACUAACUUCUGUGUGCCCAUAUGUGUUUUCAAAAUGAGUUAUAAAGGAUUCUUUAUUUUUUGUUA